AGGGCUGGAUGAGGGGCGGGGCCAGGUGGGCGGAGCGGCCCGGGCUCCUAGGCUCCAGCGGCCACGCCCGACUUGACUCACCCGCCUGGCCGGGUGCUGCUCGGGACGUCCGGAGGAGACCGGAGCGUAGUCCCGGAGAGCCGGCUCGGAGCGGCGGCCGCACGGGCGAGACAGAAUGAUCCCAGUGGCUGAAUUCAAGCAAUUCACAGAGCAGCAGCCCGCAUUCAAAGUGCUGAAGCCGUGGUGGGAUGUGCUAGCUGAAUACAUCACAGUGGCCAUGCUCAUGAUCGGGGUUUUUGGCUGUACCCUGCAGGUAACUCAGGACAAGAUCAUCUGCUUGCCCAGCCAUGUACCCCGAGAGAAUCUAUCAGAGACGCCUUGUGGGGCGCUGCCCCGGGCAAUCUCUGGGGAUUCGGAGGACCUUCGGGAGCUCAGCGGUCUCAAGAAUAAUCUGGACUUACAACAAUAUAGCUUCAUCAACCAGCUCUGCUACGAGACCGCCUUGCACUGGUAUGCCAAAUACUUCCCCUACCUGGUUGUCAUCCACACUCUCAUCUUCAUGGUCUGCACAAGCUUCUGGUUCAAAUUCCCCGGAACCAGCUCCAAGAUCGAGCAUUUCAUUUCCAUCUUGGGCAAAUGCUUCGACUCCCCAUGGACAACUCGGGCCCUGUCCGAGGUGUCUGGUGAGAACCACAAGGGCGCCUCGGGACGGGUGCCGGCCGCGGCCAUCGUGGGGACGGGAAAGGCAGGCGAGUCAGAGAAGGUGCUGACGGAGCCCGAGAAGGUGGUGAUGGAACCCCCGGCUGUCACCCUUCUGGACAAAAAGGAGGGGGAGCAGGCCAAAGCCCUGUUUGAGAAGGUGAAGAAGUUCCGGGUGCACGUGGAGGAGGGCGACAUCUUAUACACCAUGUACAUCCGUCAGACGGUGCUCAAGGUCUGCAAAUUUCUGGCGAUUCUGAUCUACAACGUCAUCUACGUGGAGAAGAUCAGCUUCUUGGUGGCCUGCCAGGUGGAGACGGCUGAAGUCACGGGCUACGCCAGCUUCUGCUGCAACCACACCAAGGCUCAUCUCUUCGCCAAGCUGGCCUUCUGCUACAUCUCCUUCGUGUGUGUCUAUGGCCUUACUUGUCUCUACACGCUCUACUGGCUGUUCCACCGGCCCCUCAAGGAGUAUUCUUUCUGCUCAGUGAGGGAGGAGACAGGCAUGGGGGACAUCCCCGACGUCAAGAACGACUUUGCUUUCAUGCUCCACCUCAUUGACCAAUAUGAUUCUCUCUACUCCAAACGCUUUGCUGUCUUCCUCUCCGAGGUCAGUGAGAGCCGGCUCAAGCAGCUGAACCUCAACCACGAAUGGACGGCAGAGAAACUGCGCCAGAAGCUCCAGCGCAACGGGCGAGAGCGGCUAGAGCUGGCCCUCUGCAUGCUGCCUGGUCUCCCUGACACAGUCUUUGAGCUGAGCGAGAUCGAGGCUCUCAAGCUGGAGGCCAUCUGCGACAUCACCUUUCCUCCGACCCUGUCCCAGCUGGUCCACCUGGAAGAGCUCAGUCUGCUGCACUCCCCGGCCAAACUGCCCUUUUCCUCCUUUGUUUUCUUGAGGGACCGACUCAAGGUGGUGAGGGUGAAGUGUGAGGAGCUUCGAGAAGUGCCCCUGUGGGUGUUUGGGCUCCGGGGCCUGGAAGAGCUUCAUCUUGAAGGUCUUUUCCCCGCAGAGCUUAGCCGGGCAGCUAAUCUGGAGAGCCUCAAAGAGCUGAAGCUCCUCAAGAGCCUCUCCCUGAGAAGCAAUGCAGGCAAAGUGCCCCCCAGUGUGACCGACGUGGCUGGGCACCUGCAGCGGCUCAGCAUCCACAAUGACGGGGCCCGGCUGCUGACCCUCAAUGGGCUAAAGAAGCUCAUGGCUCUGAGGGAGUUAGAGCUGGUGGGAUGCGGGUUGGAGAGAAUACCCCACGCUGUCUUUAGCUUGGCUGCGUUACAGGAGCUAGACCUGAAGGACAACCACCUCCGCUCCAUCGAGGAGAUCCUGAGCUUUCAACAUUGUCGCAAGUUGGUCACUCUCAAGUUAUGGCACAACCAGAUAGCCUAUGUCCCCGAACACAUUCGCAAACUCAAGGGUUUAGAGCAGUUGUACCUCAGUCACAACAAGUUGGAGACCUUGCCAUCUCAGCUCUGUUUCUGCACCAACUUGCGCUUGCUUGACAUUUCUCACAAUGGCUUACGCUCCUUGCCCCAAGAGGUAAGCUACCUCCAAAACUUACAGCAUCUUGCUGUUUCCUACAAUGCCCUGGAGGGGCUCCCAGAAGAACUCUUCUUCUGCCAAAAGCUGAGGACGCUACUGCUGGGGUACAAUCAUCUCAGCCAGCUCUCCCCACGGGUGGCUUCGUUGCAGGCCCUCAGCCGGCUAGAACUCAAGGGUAACCGGCUAGAGGCUUUACCUGAAGAACUUGGCAACUGUGGGGGGCUCAAGAAAUCAGGGCUGCUGGUAGAGGAGGCUCUGUAUGAGGGACUGCCUGCUGAAGUGCGGGAGAAAAUGGAAGAGGAGUAAGAAGGUCCCUGAGGAUUUCAUGAGUUUGGGAAACCUCAGUUAGAAAGGCUAAGGCUAGGAAGGGGGGACACACAUCUUAGGGAGAAAAGGCAGAAACCAGUGGAAGGUGGGGUUUGAGGGAAGCCCUUAGACAGGUUUGGGAAGUAAUCUUAGGCCUGUGUGGAAUAAGGGUGGAGUUCCUCAUGGUGGGAUUAGCUUAAUCCUGGAAUUCAGAGACAACCACACCUGUCUCUUUUGGCUGGUUUUUCCCCUUCUAGUCUGAGAUUGGAGUCAGCCCAUUUUAUUUGGCUUGGACUGACAUGCUUCCUUUAUCCUUACUCACUGAACCAUUUGUCUUCAUUUAGUGCCUUAGACUGUGAGAAAAAAGGAGGUUGUUGUGGAAAGAGUGGAAAAACUCCUGUGUGAUUCAGAAUAUUCUCCCAUUUCAGUAUCAGAUGUUCUUUCUUAGGAGAAUAGGGACUGUUCUCCAAAUCCUAAAUCCAAUCCCUUAUUUAUAAACCUAUGUGUCAUAAACACUUUUUGAACAAGGUUUUGGGGAGAUGAGGUUUUCUUUGUUUUGUUUGUUUGUUUGUUUUUUAAGUUGAGAAGUUGGGAGCUCCCUGAAGAUAGCUCCUGUUCACAUCCAUCAUGGUUUCACUAUAUCAAGUGUUAGCAUAAGAAAUUAAAUGAGAAUUCUGGGAGAGUUUUGCAGAAGCUGCAAGAGAAUACAUGAAGACGAACAGGCAAUGACAAAGUCUAUGGCCAAAUACUUAACAUAAAUUGUACAAUAAGGUAUUGUAAAUGUCUCAGAAAAAGAUCAGGCUUUUUUUUAGGGAGGGCCAAAAAACUUUGCUCAGUUUCUCCAGAUUGUGGGAAUGUCAUGCUCCUUCAUUGUAGAAGAGAUAACUCUUAAACACUUAAAAAAGUGUAUCUUUUAUAGGGUUGGUACAGUGUCAAGCACAUGCUUGAUAAACGUCAAACAAAACGUUUCUAGGCUAAUUUCUGGUGCUUCUCUGCCCAGAUCAGCUUCCAUUAUUUUCUCCCCCAACCAGAUCCUUUCUUCUCUUGGAUCCCCACAUUUAUUCAUUCCUUAUACUCCUAACAGGAAACCUUCAGGCUGACUUAUCAUUUAUUCUUGCAUAUAUACCUUUAGUAAAACACCUUUUGUAACAUCCCCAACAUAAAGUUAUCCAGCUUUUUUCUUUAAUAGCUUUUUAUUGACAGAACAUAC